AUGAAGGGCGACGGCGGCGCGGCGCACGGCAUGCUGCGGACGGCAUGGCAGGAUGCCGAGGUCACGGCGGCUCCUGCUCCCUCGUCGCGUGGCGGCUCCUGCACCCUGGGUGGCACGGCGGCGGCAGGGAAGGACCGCGAGGAUGAGGUCGGCAAUGGAACGGAAGAGACAAUUGGAGACGACUAUGUCCGUCUCCCUGACAACAUUGUGAUCAGCUAUACCAAGGAUGAAAAAGCUAUUAACACGCUCAUCGAAGAUGUCUUCCCAUCAUUGCAUGCCAACGCUAUUAGCGCACGUGCAACUCUUUCGACCAAGAAUGAUCAUGUGGAUGACCUGAAUGACAAGAUGGAUCUCAAGAAUAAUUACACGAUUGAUUUACUGAACUCGAUCACACCAAAUGGCUUGCCUCCGCGUGUACUGAGAUUAAAGGCCAACUGUCCGGUCAUUCUGCUCCGGAACCUCGACCUUCAUAAUGGCCUAUACAAUGGAACACGGCUUAUGAUUAGAGCCUUCCAGGAUAAUGCAAUUGACGCAGAGAUUGUUGGUGGUCAGCAUCCUGGCAAGAGGGUGUUCAUACCUAGGGUCCCUAUGUCACCAUCGGAGGACAUCUCACUUCCUUUGAAACUUAAGAGAAAACAGUUUCCCAUCCGCCUGAGUUUUGCAAUGACAAUUAACAAGGCGCAGGGUUUUGAUCAGAACGCACUACAUAAUAAGCAUGAAAGAAGAAUGCCGUCGAUGUGA